GCUACAUAACCUCAUGGAAACAAACUUUCUGUAUGUCCUGAGAGCUUGGUAGAUUGGAACACUGGACUUAGAAGCCAUUGAGGUCGAUUUCUACUGUAGUUUCUCAGAAAUGUUCAGAGCUGUUUGACGGUACACCGUUGUGGGCGACUUGCGUGUGCAUGGUAGCGGUGCUAAAAAUAUCAUCACAAAUCGCCAAAUUUGUCGAUGCCGCUCAGUAGUGUGAGUGUGAUUGGUUGAAAGCGACAUAGUCGCCAGCUUUGUUUAUAUGCACGCCUGAGGUCAGGAGUUCUGAAAGUCAGUCGCCGCUACAAAGUUAUCAGAUUUUUCAAGAUGGCCCAGGAUGUUGCAAAUGUUGCCAGAAGAGUCAAUGAAGCUGUUGAAGAAGGAAAGACUCAUUUAGAUUUGUCCAACUGCAAGUUGAUCAGUUUCCCUGAUGGAGUCUUCAAGGUGUUGAGGACCGUCAUUGAGAACAUACAUAGUAUAACAUUGGCCAACAAUGAACUAAAAGCAUUGACCAACAAAUUUUUCGCCACAUUUGUUCAAUUAAGAGAAUUGGACCUGCAAGGCAACGUGCUCACCAAAUUACCAGAUGCUGUAGGCGAGAUGGAGCAUUUGACCAGCAUCAACUUGUCCCAAAACAAGCUCACAAGUUUUCCAGAGAGGCUGACGAACAUCCGUACACUUGAAAACAUAAAUCUGGAAAACAAUCAGAUAUCCGACGUGCCUGUGGAGAAGCUGUCCAGCAUGCCCGCCUUGAAAACGGUCAACGUCAGAUCGAAUCCACUCGAGGGACAACCGCCCAAUAUCUCAUCUCUCAGUUUUGAACUGGCCAUUGAUCAGUGAUUUUUCUGGUGUUUGUAGAGGAAAGUGAGUUUGACCAUGAGAAGCCGUUAUGUUGCGGGUUGUUGUUUUUAACUAUUUACUCUUGCCUUUUUUGACACUGUAGUAAUAUCACUAUUUAUUAAAUAUGAACAGAAAAAAGGCCCAGGAAGUAUGUUCUGUUCAUUUUACAAUGUUUGGUUUACAAUCUCUCUAUAUGCAUGCACACUGUACAGUAUACUAUACACCAAGGUAUGAUGCCUUUUGAGGCAGCACAAGUGAGCUUAACAUUGGCAUGGCCCUCUGGAGAUAAUCCCAUGCAUUAGGGUUGUAAGUAUUAUUAACUGAGGUUUGGACAUUGCCUUGUAACAAGGAUGGAAUACAUGCAAUUAUUUCAAUUCAGGUUGUCAGGUACUUUGCAUACAGACUGAGAGCUUUGAAGGCUGCUACUACUGCCAUUGAAGUACAACAUGCGAACUGUUCUGUGCCUGUAAUGAAAAGAAGAACCGAAGAAGAACAAUAAGCACAUUAUUUUCUUCUCUGCGUUUGCGUUUGCAUUUGAUUACCUCUCACCGUGCAAUUUUCCCACAUUGUUGAAUGCCUCCCAUAGCCCUUUUCCCAUCCUGCUCCCUUUUUUGUCUCCCCUGGAAUAUACAAUUAUUUUUUACUGCUGAACUUGAGUUUUACAAUAAAAAAAAUGUAAUGUAAUGCCUGCCAAGCUUUGUUUGGUGCAGUGCAGCAGUAGCUGCAUUUACAUGGACAUGUCUUUCUCAAUCAGAUUGAAAUGAAUCUGAUUAAAGAUUUCAACUGAACUGUUUAAAUGAACGCUAAAUAAACCGAACAGAGUACCCGAUUGAGGCAUUGCUUCUAAGCAAUUGAAUUCUCUCUACCAAACGGAGAGACAAAAUAAAUCUAUCAGUGGGGCAACAUUUGUUGUGU